ACAUACAAGAUUGCUAAGUUCAUCUUAUUCAUCUUUUGCUGUAUCACGUUGAACUGAAGGAUGGCCACUACAAAUCUUGAAGAUAAGUCAAUUUGGGAGGAUGGAGAGGACUCUGUGGGUGAGGAGGUGUUACGAAUGUCAACAGAUGAAAUCAUAGGAAGGACAAGACUGUUAGACAAUGAAGUCAAGAUAAUGAAGAGUGAAAUCAUGAGGAUACAGCAUGAACAUCAAGCACAAAAAGACAAGAUCAAAGAAAAUGAAGAGAAGAUUAAAGUCAACAAGACCCUGCCAUAUUUAGUUUCCAAUGUUAUUGAGCUCCUUGAUGUCCAACCGGACGAGGAUGAAGAGACAGAGGGAGCGAAUGUUGAUCUGGACUCACAACGGAAAGGAAAGUGUGCUGUAAUCAAGACCUCAACAAGACAAACCUAUUUUCUACCAGUAAUUGGACUGGUAGAUGCAGAGAAGCUUCAUCCUGGUGACCUGGUCGGUGUCAACAAAGAUUCUUACCUCAUCUUAGAGACCCUCCCUCAAGAAUUUGAUUCUCGAGUGAAAGCAAUGGAGGUUGAUGAGAGACCAACUGAACAGUACAGUGAUAUCGGAGGAUUGGAUAAACAAAUUCAAGAGUUAAUAGAGGCUGUCGUCCUACCAAUGACACACAAAGAGAGGUUUGUCAACAUAGGAAUCCAGCCCCCCAAGGGCGUGUUACUGUACGGUCCACCAGGCACAGGAAAGACACUGCUAGCCAGGGCGUGUGCAGCUCAAACAAAGUCUACGUUCCUAAAGUUAGCCGGCCCUCAGCUCGUCCAGAUGUUCAUCGGAGAUGGGGCUAAGCUCGUCAGGGAUGCGUUCGCACUCGCCAAGGAGAAGCUUCCAGCGAUCAUCUUCAUCGACGAGUUGGACGCCAUUGGUACCAAGAGGUUUGAUAGUGAGAAGGCCGGAGACAGGGAAGUUCAACGAACUAUGCUGGAGCUUUUAAAUCAGCUAGAUGGGUUCAGUUCGUCAGAAGAAAUUAAGGUCAUUGCUGCGACGAAUCGAGUGGACAUUCUUGACCCUGCUCUAUUGAGGUCAGGACGACUGGACAGAAAGAUUGAAUUCCCGACACCGAAUGAAGAGGCUAGAGCUCGUAUCAUGCAAAUCCAUUCCAGAAAAAUGAAUGUUGGGGCUGAUGUUAAUUUUGAAGAGUUAGCCCGUUGUACAGAUGAUUUCAAUGGAGCUCAAUGCAAAGCUGUGUGUGUCGAAGCAGGUAUGAUCGCCUUGCGUCGUGGAGCCACUGAACUCAUGCACGAAGACUACAUGGAUGGUAUCCUCGAAGUACAAUCCAAAAAGAAAGCAAAUCUCAACUAUUAUGCCUAAUAGAUUAAGUUAUAUAGCUAGUAUGUAUAGUCCCAAUUGGUUCAAUUUGUGUUACCAAUGAUACAAUUCUGCAGGCUAGAUUUCCCAGCAUUAAUCACAAUACUAUAUUGGCCACAUAUCUUCUGGGGGUGUUUCACAAAGAUUUUAGUAUGACUUAGAGUCACGCUUUAAUUGCCUAGUUGCAUGUGAUAUAAAUGACAUGACCGCAUCGGUCAGAUGCCAAGAGGACGCGCACUACUGUGCAUUGAUCAAUAAGAUUGCGCUUAGCAUAUCAUGCACAUGUCAGCAUUUAAGUGCGACUCUUAAUACUUAAACCCCCUGGCUUAGCUUCUUGCAAUAGCCUUUACACAGUGAACCUGCCAACUGUCCCCAUUUAUUACAGACAGUCCCAAUUUGGUGAAAGAGAAAGCCACUUGGACCAUUUUGUCCCCUUUUUUUGUGGAAAACUUGAAUGUAAAAAUGAAUAGAACACUCUGUAAUGUCCCCAUUUACAGACCUUGUAUUCGUGAUUUGUCCCACUUUCCUGGGCUUCAUAGUUAACAGGCAAUUCAAUCUGUAUGGGAAUUUCAGUAAAAAAAAUCAUCUUUCACAAAUUGGUAUUUUAGUGGUUCCAUGACAUUUGCUCCUCUCUAAAUUCCACACAGUAAUCAAAUGACCAACUUCAGCCUUCUGUUUAAAGCCUGUGUAUAGCUUUGGUAAAGGGUCAAUAACGUGAUUGAUAAUCAAAUAUCAUCUAAUAUGACAGUCUUA